UGAAGUGAAGAGAACAACAGAUGCACAUCGACGAAUAGAAGGAAGUUGACAGAAUGCUGAUGAACCACACGAACCAAACAGAGGACGACCUCUUCUCCUGCUACAGUCCCUCAGUGGUGGGCUACCGGUACUUCGCUGUGCUGUGGGGAUGUGCUGUGACCAUCACUGGAACGGUUGGGAACCUGAUGACCAUUCUGGCCUUCGCCUUAGACCCACGUCUGAGGACUCGCUUCAAUGUGCUGAUCGUCAACCUUGCUGUAGCUGAUCUCCUUUACUGCACCAUACUGCAGCCUAUCUCUGUCGACUCCUACCUCCACCUCAGAUGGCGCAGUGGUGAGCUCUGGUGCACCGUCUUCGGCCUGCUGCUCUUCCUCUCCAACUCUGUCUCCAUCAUCACCCUUUGCCUGGUGGCAGUGAGCAGAUAUCUCCUGGUUGCAAAGCGCACUGUGUUUGAUCGUGUCUUCUCUGACCGAGGUCUCAUGUUACUCCUGGCCUCGGCAUGGGCGCUCGGCCUGGCCAGCUUCGGUCCGCUCUGGUCUGUCUACGUGUUCGUGCCACAGGUGUGCACAUGCAGCUUCCAUCGUACCAGGGGUCGCCCCUACACCACCAUCCUGCUCUUUCUCUACUUUUUUGUUGGUCUGACCUGCGUUGGUGUAUUCUACCUGCUCAUCUACAAACGUGUCCAGAUUGCCUCGCAGGCUCUGCUUCGCUACAGGCCCAGCCGCAGGUCGUCCAGGAGGAAACCAGCUUUCUCAGUGCAAGGGACUGAUGACAGUGGUGUAGACAGUGGCACGACCAACACAUGUAGCUGUGAGAUAAGCAGCCAGGCAGAUCUGUCACAAAGCAAAGAUGUUAUCCCCUACAAAAUUGUCAACCAAUCUACUCAGAGCUCUGCCACACCUUCUAAUCCAUCAGCAGUCAACAGGCCUCCUAAUCUCACCCCUGCACCAACUUCAUCCACAGCUGCAGCAUCAACUUCCCCCUCAGCCACUUCAGGAGAUGACAGCGAAUUCAAGCGAGUGACCCGCAUGUGCUUCAUCGUUUUCCUGUGUUUCGUGUGCUGCUUCGUGCCCUUCAUUCUGCUCAACAUAGCCGACAAACAGAACCGCGCCCCACAGGUACUGCACAUGUUCUGCGCAAACCUCACGUGGCUCAACAGCUGCAUCAACCCCGUGCUUUAUGCUGUCAUGAACCGACAGUUUCGACAGGCCUACCAUCUGCUGCUCACCAGGGCCGCUGUGCCCUUCACCAGCCUCUGGACCCGCUCACAGCUUCUGAGAUCCUGA